AUGCAGGCUAUCCGGCGGCUGAGGGCCGACGCCAAGUUCCCGUACCGUCUCGUCCUCCCAUCGGUGCUCUUCAGAGACUUCGCCCUCCACGUAACCGAGCACGAAGCCGACGAAGAGUUCCUGUUUGCGGUGCUGAAUCCAUCCGAGACGGUGGUGCAGCUCGGCCUUGCCCUGGGGGACGGGGACUCCAGGGUGACGCUGUAUUACACGGACGUGUCCAUGCAUCUGACCUCUCAGCGUCUGGCAUCCUUCCGGCUACCCCCUCAAGCUACGGGCAGUCACGGUUGGCUGCGACUGAGCGUGACGGCGACCGGCAACGAGGUGAGCCUCCAGCUGCUCAACUGCACCACCCUGGAAGACGUGCGGCUGGCUCAGCACGUGACCCGGAUCCCCAAGGAGCUCGCCUUCGACGGGGCCUCCACUCUGUACCUGUCGCAGGCAGGACCUAUUCUUGGCGGACGGUUUGUGGUGUUCAGGUUGGAGCUCCUGGUUGGUGGCGGCAAAGCUCCUCUGUACGAAGCAUGUGACUUCACUGCCAGAGACGGUUACCAAACUUGA